AUGGAGUCCUUAAUUCCCCCAUGUAAACAUCACAAUCGCUUCUUUAUGAUGUCACAAUCAUGUGAAAGGGUUUGUCUGCUGUGUGUGGCAAAUUGUUUUGAAGACAAAGACCAGCCAUACACCACACAAGUUCACCUACUUCAAUAUUUCCUCCACCAAGUUUCCCCCAACCCGCAAUGGCUGGAAAUAUUUGGACACGACGAAAAGUUUGCCGAUUAUUUUAUUUCAACCACAAUUACUUUGUUUCAUCAACUGCAGAAUCAAGUUCAGCCAAUGCCGAUUUCCAAUGACAUUGUUCUAAUGUUGCUCAAACUGAAGGGACGAAAUUGUUACCACGAUUGUGACAUCAUAAUGCAGUUAUGUUGCUCUGCGUCGUAUAGAAGUUGUUUGAAUCUUUUAAACUUAGUGGUUGCCAUGGUGAAGCAAAUACCGGAAUCAUCUGAUUGUUUCAUCACUAACGACACCUUCUGCAACUUUUUACUAAACGGAUUGGAUUUCCCUGAUGACAUCAUAAAGGAGAUUCUCCUUGUCAUAAUAGAGGAAUUAUUACAAGCAUAUCUUCAUAAUGGAUGUGAACAUAACGUGUUCAUGAUGUUACCGACUAAGUUGUUGAACCUAUUGUCAUCAUCUCAAUCACACACCAUAUUAACAUUGUCACUGAAACUCAUAGAAACAUGGACGGCAUUCACAGACAUCUCAUAUUUCUUCCAAGGAACAGAAGAAAUGCAAGGAAAAGCUACACAAGACUCCCCAAAAUUAUUCCUCUCCAUGAAGCGAGUCCUCCUGCUCCGAUCCGACCCUCUAAACUUCCCAACCAUCCGAUGUCUUCUCCGUCUUCUUAAACACGAGGACUUUAAUGAUCAUCUUGCUUGUAAGAUGUUGGAUGCAGAUCUUGUGGAGUUUAUUUAUGAUGUGUUGAGGUCGUCCAGUAGUGAGGAACUGCAAAUUUGUAUAUUUGAAUCGAUCAUCCAUUUAUCGCAACACAAAAUAUUCUUCACCAACUGCCACGCACUUCAUGGUUUUCUGCAUUGAAAGUUAUAUUAGAAAAUCAACCUGAAGACAUCCCACUACUUGAAAGUUUAAGUUUAUUCGACCAAAUAUUAGAGGUUGUGACUGCAGGUGUUGGUAGCAAACUAA